UUCCUUUCUGCAUACAUCAUUCAUAUCUACCAGUGCAAUACGCAAAAAUAUGUCUUCUCAGGCUGCUCUGAAAUCACUACCAUCGCCCUUGCGCGAUCUCGUUGCCGCCGCUGCUCCGCGCGAUGAAGACUUUGGAGAAAAUGAGAAGGAUAAAGCAGAAGUUUCUGACUGGAUAUCAAAUGUCGCCAAGGGCGAUAUCGUCAAAUCAUCGGCUUCGAAGGAGUUAGAUGCAACAUUGACACCACGAACGUACCUCGUUAGCAAUCGUCUUACAGCUGCAGACGUGGCGUUGUAUGGCGCUCUUCAUCCUACCAUCUCGCAGCUGCAACCUGCGCAGUAUUAUUCACACCCGGCCCUAACUCGAUACUUUGACCAUAUCCAAACUCGCCCUUCGGUCCGCAAGGCUGCAGAAACUCUGGCUCCAGCUUUUGCCCAUGUAGCUUUUGAUCUGGACAAUAUGCCCAGGCUCGAACGCAAGGCAGAACCACCAAAGAAAAAAGAGAAAGCUCAGAAACCUGUAUCCGAUGCAGCCGCUGCUCCUGCUGCCGAAGCUGCGCCAAAAAAGAAGGAAAAGAAAGAACCGAAAGAAAAAGGUGCUGCUGUAGACGGUGCUGCUACUGCAAAGAAACAGGGAGGAAAGUCUGCUGCUACCCCUGAGGAUGUUGGCGAGCCUGUACCUUCUAUGAUUGACCUUCGAGUCGGCCACAUAGUUGAAAUCCAGAAACACCCCGAUGCUGAUAGCUUGUAUGUCGAGCAAGUUGACGUGGGAGAAGAAACACCUCGAACUGUUGUUUCUGGCCUCGUGAACUACAUCCCCAUUGAAGAGAUGCGGGAUAAGUAUCUUGUAGCAGUGUGUAACCUAAAACCGGCUAAUAUGCGCGGUGUGAAGAGUCACGCAAUGGUUCUUUGCGCAUCACUAGAAGAAGAUGGAAUAAAACGUAUCGAACUUAUCCAACCCCCUAGUGGCUCAAAACCUGGUGAUAGAGUGUAUUUCGAGGGCGAGAAGUUCGAAAAUGCGACACCGCUCUCGCAGCUCAAUCCGAAGAAGAAAAUCUUUGAAACCAUUCAACCAGGCUUCAAGACCCUGCCAUCAAAAGAGGCCGCCUGGAUCGACCCAGCGACAGGAAAUGCGCAUACCAUCCGCACGGCAAACGGAGUUUGUUUUGCACCCACUUUGGUCGGGGCGUCUUUAUCGUGAUUCCCUAGAAGAAACAAGAAAAUUUGUACACGACUAGAAGGAUGUUUACCUUGAUAUAGAUGGUGGCUGUCAAUCUCGGCUUCUAUUGC